AUUGUCAUUGUUGUAUAGUAGUAAAUAGUGCCUAACCUCUACUUAACCUCAAUCAUGGUGUACUUUAGUGUCUGAGCAAUUAAUUUAAUUACCCAGCAAGAUGACGUCAAGUUUGGUCCAGCAGUUUGUCCAGCGACUCAAGUCGCGUCACGAAGAUGUUCGAAAUAAAGCGGCUCGGGACUUGUGUCAUUACGUCAAAACAGAGCUGCGGGAAUCAUCGCAAGAAGAGAUCACAGCAUUUAUGGAUGAAUUUAACCAUCAUAUUAUUGAGAUGGUAAAUGGCUCAGAUAUGAACGAAAAAAAGGGAGGAAUUCUGGCAAUCGUUUGUUUGAUUGGAGCCGAUGUAGGAAACAUCAACACACGGACCAUCAGAUUUGCUAAUUACUUAAGAAGUCUGCUGCCUUCGACUGAUGUCGGUGUCAUGGAGCUGACCGCCAAGACUGUGGGAAAAUUAGCCCUGGUAUCCGGUACUUACACUGCUGAGUAUGUUGAGUUUGAAGUUAAACGAGCGUUCGAGUGGCUGGGCGGUGACAGGAAUGAGGGGAAAAGACACGCGGCUGUUCUGGUGCUUCGCGAGUUGGCUGUUUCGAUGCCCACAUAUUUUUUCCAGCAGGUAACCCAGUUUUUUGACUUAAUAUUUAAUGCGGUGAGAGAUCAGAAGGCUGUAAUACGCGAGGGAGCGGUCGAGGCAUUACGUGCUGCUUUGGUAGUGACAGCGCAACGCGAAACAACAAAACAAAUGCUGAAGUCCCAGUGGUACAAGCAGUGUUACGAUGAAAUAGUCGCUGGUUUCGAGGAUGUUUACAGCAAAGAAAGAGGGUAUAAUCGCGAUGAUCGGAUUCAUGGAUCUCUGCUGGUUCUCAAUGAAUUAUUACGCUGCAGUAAUAUACAGUGGGAGAGAGAUUACGAGGCUUUGAUGGAAAGAUUGAACUGCUCGAGUCAGCCGAGUGACAAUGACAUUCUUGCACUGAUGCCUAGACUAAAGACAAUUAUUGUAUCAAAGUGGUCAGGCUGUCCGUCUGGAGAAAACACUUCUAAUCCACAGCAUACACUUUACCCGCUGCAUGAGUCAGCAGCUUGUCGGCAACUUAUGCAAGAGCGGCUUGAUGAUUUUUACAAUGACGUUAUGAAUCAGCGGCACUCGAAAAAUCCUCAUAUUCAACAUGCACUGAUGACUCUUUUGCCGAGACUUGUGGCUUUUAAUACUGACAAAUUCAACAAAGAAUACCGACGAGAAACUUUGAAUUAUUUAUUGAUGACACUGAGAGGAAGGGAGAAAGACCGUCACGCUGCGUUUAUGACUAUUGGAUUAAUAGCAGUCGCUAUUGGGGAUGCUAUUAAAACUUACUUACCUAAAAUAAUGGAGGUAAUUAAAAUCAGCUUGCCAGCGAAGGAAACACCCAGCAAGAAAAGAAGCGCGCCGUUGGAACCCGCAGUAUUUAUCUGCAUCACGUUACUGGGCUACGCUGUCAAAUCGGCAAUCAGCGCGGACAUUAGAGACCUUUUAGACUCAAUGCUGGCUACCGGACUGAGUCCCAUACUCACUACGUCAUUGCGUGAAUUAGCACAAAACGUUCCGUCUCUUAAGCCAGAUAUUUCGCAAGGUUUGUUGCGAAUGCUGUCUCAAGUGUUGAUGCACAAGCCACUCCGGCAUCCAGGAGCGCCUUGGACAGCGACCAGUCCCAUAGUCACGCCGCUCAAUGAACCGACAGACGUUCCUUCGACUGUGUUAGCUCUCCGUACACUUGGAACUUUCAACUUUGAUGGUAAUCCGCUGCUGCAAUUUGUCCGCAGAUGCGCGGAUCAUUUUCUUACUUCAGAACAACCGGAAGUGAGACUAGAAGCUGUCAGAACUUGUUCAAGACUUCUGAGACUUGCUUUGAAUCAACCUGGACCUACAGUAACUAAUACAGUGUCGUCCGUACUUGGAAAACUUCUAGUCGUUGGUAUCACUGAUACGGACCCAGACGUCAGGAUUUCUGUCCUUGCGUCGCUUGACAAUUCUUUUGACAUUCACUUAGCUCAAGCGGAGAGUCUUUCUGCUUUAUUUAUCGCGAUGAAUGACGAGAUGUUUGAAAUUCGUGAGCUAGCGAUCAGGACAAUUGGUCGACUGAGCACAAUGAACCCGGCGUAUGUCAUGCCGUCGCUUAGAAAAACUCUUAUUCAGUUUCUUACAGAGUUGGAGCACUCGGGAAUGGGCCGUAAUAAAGAGCAAGCUGCCAGAAUGUUAGAUCAUCUGGUCGUCAGCGCACCUAGACUGAUACGACCGUACAUGGAACCGAUUCUCAAAGUCCUGGUGCCUAAAUUAAAAGAGCCAGAACCAAAUCCUGGCGUAGUACUGGCUAUUCUCCGAGCAGUUGGUGAUUUGGCAGAAGUAAAUGGCGCAGAGAUGCAGCAAUGGAUGCCAGAGUUGCUUUCAAUUCUACUGGAAAUGCUAGUCGACGCAAGUUCACCAGAAAAACGUGGAGUUGCUCUCUGGGUUCUUGGUCAGCUUGUCGGUAGCACUGGACACGUGGUGAAACCUUACAUACAGUAUCCAUCACUUCUGGAGGUGCUGAUUAAUUUCUUAAAGACAGAACAGCAGCCAAUAAUCCGCCGAGAAACGAUUCGGGUCCUGGGCUUACUGGGAGCUUUGGAUCCUUACAAACAUAAAAUGAAUCUUGGACAGAUUGACAGUCAGCUGGACACUCUGACAUCUAUGGUGGAUUCUAAAAGUGAACUUGAGAAUAAUCAAGAUCUGACUACCAGCGAGAUGCUGGUAAAUAUGUCGUCAUCAAGCUUAGAAGAAUUUUAUCCAGCAAUAGCUAUCGCAACUCUGAUGAGAAUAAUUCGCGACCCAACGUUAGCUCAACAUCAUACGAUGGUCGUACAGGCAGUGACAUUCAUCUUCAAGAGCCUUGGUAUCAAGUGUGUUCCUUACAUAUCACAAGUAAUGCCAAGUUUCUUGAACGUCGUCCGCACAGCUGACGUAAACUUCCGUGAAUAUUUAUUCCAACAGCUGUCUGUCCUCAUCGCUAUCGUAAAACAGCACAUCAGAAAUUACCUCGACGACACCUUCAACUUGAUUAAAGAAUUCUGGACAAUAAACAGCCCUCUGCAGAGCACGCUGAUCAACUUGGUACAAAACAUUGCCAUAGCUCUUGGCGCUGAGUUCAAAGUCUAUUUACCUCAGCUGAUGCCGCAGAUCUUGCGAGUGCUGACUCACGAUACCAGCAAAGAUCGCUCCGUUACUGUCAAAUUACUCGAAGCGCUUCAGUCAUUUGGUAAUAAUUUGGAUAAUUAUCUACAUCUUGUACUGCCGCCAAUUGUCAAACUGUUUCACGCAUCGGACUGUACGAUUACCGUCAACAAAGUUGCUCUCGAGACCGUCGAUCAGUUGGCAGACACACUUGACUUUACAGAUUUUGCUUCGAGAAUCGUCCAUCCAUUGGUGAGGACACUGGACCAGUGUCCAGAGCUAAGAAAUACUGCUAUGGAGACUCUGUGCUCCUUGGUAAUGCAGCUUGGAAAAAAAUACCAGAUAUUUAUUCCACUUGUCCAGAGAGUUAUGACCAAACAUAAGAUCAGUAAUUCGCAGUAUGAUGUCCUGGUGGAUAAAAUACUGACAGAAACGUCAGUACCCGACGGAGAUGAUUAUUUACUUAUGAGACAUCGUCAUCCGCGUAAUAAAAAUCGUGAUCUUUCACUCGCGUCUUCAGACAUAACGACAAUUAAAUAUUUGCAUGUAUCAGCUUCGAAUUUACAGAAGGCAUGGACUGCAACUCGUCGAGUGUCUAAGGACGACUGGUUAGAGUGGCUGAGAAGUUUAUCAAUAGGUCUUUUGAAAGAAUCACCGUCUCCAGCGUUGAGGUCAUGUUGGGCGCUGGCUCAAACGUACUCCCAAUUACCCCGUGAUCUUUUUAACGCGGCUUUUGUGUCUUGUUGGACUGAACUCGACGACUCUUAUCGCUCGGAGUUGAUCCAGACACUCCAGCAAGCGCUGAUGGUACCAGACAUUCCGGAAAUAACUCAGACGAUUUUAAAUCUUGCUGAAUUUAUGGACCAUUGUGACAAAGGUCCUCUGCCUAUUGAUUAUAAAAUUUUAGGUGAACGUGCGAUGAAUUGUCGAGCAUACGCUAAAGCUUUACAUUACAAAGAAGAUGAAUUUCACAAGAGCAGAAAUGGUGCUGUCUUUGAAUCAUUGAUAUCAAUCAAUAAUAAACUGCAGCAAAAGGAAGCAGCAGAAGGUCUUUUGGAGUACGUAAUGAAUCAGAAUAAUCAACAGGACUUGAAAGUACAAGUUCGUUGGUACGAAAAACUCCACAAUUGGGACAAGGCUUUGAAUCUUUAUCGGGAACGAUUGGAGACCGAUCCAACUGAUGUGGAGUCAACGUUAGGAAAAAUGCGUUGUCUAGAAGCUUUGGGAGAGUGGGGACAAUUGCAUGAAGAAGCGACACGUGAAUGGUCAAGUCAAAUUGACGAAACAAAACAACGAAUGGCUCGAAUGGCCGCUGCUGCUGCCUGGGGUCUAGGUCAGUGGGAGAGUAUGGAAAAAUAUGUGUCUCUAGUACCGAAGGACACUCAGGACGGUGCAUUUUAUCGCGCUGUCCUGGCGAUUCACAACGAAGAGUACAACGUAGCUCAUCAGCUGAUCGAUGCCGCUCGGGAUCUCCUUGACACCGAACUGACAGCGAUGGCUGGUGAGAGUUAUCAACGAGCUUACAAUGCCAUGGUCGAGGUACAAAAAUUAGCAGAGCUUGAAGAAGUUAUUCAGUUUAAAUUGGUGCCCGAAAGAAGGACAACUAUCAAGACCAUGUGGUGGGAAAGACUUCAAGGAGGCCAAAGAAUUGUCGAAGAUUGGCAGAAAAUAAUUCAAGUUCAUACAUUGGUGGUGUCGCCUCAAGAUGACAUGUACACUUGGCUAAAAUACGCGAGUCUUUGCCGUAAAAGCGGAAGUCUUAUGCUCGAUCACAAGACCCUGGUUAUGCUACUGGGUCAGGAUCCAUCUCUGACUCCACAUGACCCACUUCCUACUACUCAUCCUCAAGUGACUUUCGCUUACUGCAAGCACAUGUGGGUCGCCAAUCAACGGGAGGAAGCUUACAAGCAGCUGCGUCUUUUCGUUGUCAAUUCUCUCAAAUCCAAUGGCGGGUCUUCAAGUCAGUCAGAGGAAGAGCAUCAGCCACAUCAGCAAGAAGCGCACAGGCGGCUUCUUGCUCGCUGCUACUUAAAAUUAGGCGAGUGGCUCGAGUCACUAGAAGGUAUCAAUGAGCAUUCGAUUCCCGCUGUAUUGUCUUACUAUGCCGCCGCAACUGAACACGAUUCCUCCUGGUACAAAGCAUGGCACGCUUUUGCCUACACGAACUUUGAAUCUGUAUUAUUUUACAAACAUCAGCAAGGAGAAUCUGUACCAGAGAUAAAUGGAGUUGGACCAGCACGUGCUCAAACAAUACCAAGUUCUCAGUACAUCUCAAGCUUCACUGUACCAGCUGUCGAAGGUUUCUUUAAAUCAAUAAAUCUAUCCCACGGUAAUUCUCUGCAAGACACUCUGAGAUUAUUGACUCUGUGGUUCGAUUACGGCCAGUGGCCUGAAGUUUACGACGCCAUCAUCGAGGGAAUUCGUAUGAUUGAAAUAAACACUUGGCUGCAAGUUAUUCCCCAGUUGAUUGCGAGAAUAGACACACCCCGAGCACUAGUGAGCCGAUGUAUUCAUCACCUACUUAUUGACAUCGGUAAAUCUCAUCCUCAAGCUCUAGUUUAUCCUCUGACAGUGGCCUCUAAGAGUGCAAGUCUCGCUCGUAAAACAGCUGCCAAUAAAAUUUUAAAAAAUAUGUGCGAGCACAGUCCGACGUUGGUGUCCCAGGCGAUAAUGAUCAGUGACGAGUUGAUCAGGGUCGCUAUUAUUUGGCACGAGUUGUGGCACGAAGGUCUUGAGGAAGCGAGCAGACUGUACUUUGGUGAGAAAAACGUCACGGGAAUGUUCGAAACGCUGGAGCCGCUGCAUACGAUGCUGGAGAGAGGAGCGCAAACUCUCAAAGAGACUUCCUUUAUUCAAGCAUACGGACGCGAUUUGAUGGAAGCACAGGAAUGGUGUCAUCGGUACAAAGUAUCCAACAAUGUACGAGAUUUGAACCAAGCUUGGGACCUGUACUAUCAUGUAUUCAGAAGAAUAUCUCGACAGCUACCGCAGCUGACUAGUCUAGAGUUGCAGUAUGUCAGUCCCAAGUUACUCCUCUGUCGAGAUCUCGAGUUAGCCGUCCCAGGAAGUUACAUUCCAGGUCAACCAGUGGUAAGAAUAGCCAGUAUUCAUAGUUCAAUGCAAGUUAUUACCAGCAAACAACGGCCGCGAAAGCUCUGCAUCAAAGGAAGUAACGGCAAAGAUUACAUGUUCCUUUUAAAAGGCCACGAAGAUCUGAGACAAGAUGAACGGGUCAUGCAGCUCUUUGGACUAGUCAACACUCUGCUGCUUCAUGACCCUGAUACAUUUAGACGAAACCUAACAAUCCAAAGAUACGCAGUGAUACCUCUGUCAACCAACAGCGGUCUUAUUGGCUGGGUGCCUCACUGCGACACACUCCAUACUCUUAUCCGCGACUACCGGGACAAGAAAAAAAUUCUUCUUAACAUCGAACACCGGAUUAUGCUACGAAUGGCUCCUGACUAUGACCAUUUGAUGCUGAUGCAGAAGGUCGAAGUGUUUGAACACGCAUUGGAGCACACACACGGCGAUGAUUUAUCGCGGUUACUCUGGUUAAAAUCACCUUCAAGUGAAGCCUGGUUUGAUCGCCGUACCAACUACACACGUUCACUCGCAGUGAUGUCAAUGGUCGGUUACAUUCUAGGUCUAGGAGAUCGUCAUCCGUCAAAUCUGAUGUUAGAUCGUCUGAGUGGUAAAAUUUUACACAUUGAUUUUGGCGAUUGCUUUGAAGUUGCAAUGACUCGCGAAAAGUUUCCUGAAAAAAUUCCAUUCAGGCUCACGAGGAUGCUGAUAAACGCAAUGGAAGUCACCGGGAUUGAAGGCACAUACAGAAGAACCUGCGAAUCAGUAAUGUCUGUUCUCCACCGGAACAAAGACAGUCUGAUGGCCGUGCUCGAAGCUUUUGUCUACGAUCCUCUGCUCAACUGGAGACUGAUUGACAACAAUGCGACCAAGAGCAAGCGAUCUGACACCCAGAGUAUUAAUACUAGCUGCAGUCAAGAGCACGGAGACAUUCUGGACUCCAUGAACUCAACUUUACCUAAAAAAGGUGGGCCUUUGAGUGGCGAGAGCGGCAACGCCGACGUCAACCAGCCCGAAGCUUUGAAUAAAAAGGCUCUGGCCAUCACCACUAGGGUACGGGACAAAUUAACAGGACGUGAUUUCUCACACGAUGAAACUCUGAGUGUUCAACGGCAAGUUCAGCUGCUUAUUCAACAGGCGACUAACAAUGAAAAUUUAUGUCAAUGCUACAUCGGAUGGUGUCCGUUCUGGUAAAUUGAUAAUGAUAAUGUUUUAUUAUCAAUAAUACACUUGAUGCUUGGUAACAAAAAAAAAAUUAUUACUAUUAUUAAAGCAACGUUAAAUUUACUCAUGCACUGCAGCGAUAAUUGCUUACAAAAAAAAUUACCUCAAUGCUGUAAAUAUAAAUUUUUUUAAAAAUGGGUAAGCCUUCUGUAUAUAAAUUUAUUUGUAAUUGCAUUAAAACAAUUAACAUUGUAAAGUAGUUAAUCUGUAAUAUUAAAAAAAAAUUAAUAAUUAAAUAAUUUUUAUUUAAUAUCAAAUAAAAUUAAAUGCUUAAAUAUUGGAUUUUAUAUUUUUUUUUAUAAAAUAUUUUAUCAUUAAAUUAUUAUGGCAUAAAUAUAUUAUGCGUGUGAAUUGAAGUGGUCGUUAAAAAUUAUAAAAUACCUGGGGAAUUUGGUUUUUUCUUUUUAAGUUAAAAGAAUACGUGUCUCAGGAAGAUCCAAGUUUAUUUUCCGAUACAGUCGCGGUUUUUUAAAAAUAUCUCAUUAAAUAUGCAGAUUACAGGCAAAAGUAAUAGGGACAAUUUUGUAGGGAAUUAAAUUCUUGACAAAAAAGGUCAUAUUGAUUUUUUU